AUGACGGGUGAACAUUUUCAAAUUGAUGUCUGGGUUCCUUGGGAGGAAUGGUUUGCAAAGGAGCCUGAUGCGCAGGGCUUAAGCAUCAACAAUCGAAAAAUUGUGAUACUGAAAGUCGACUUGAUUCUUUCUGGACCAGAUCAAUUUCUAGACAAAAUCGCCACCGGUCUAGGGGGAAGCAAGAUAUAUCUCCAAGACCCUCACAUGGGGCUGUUCCAACAUCCUUAUGCUAAUCCUCAGUCAUUAGACUUACCAGAACUGCCUGCUGAGUUCCGGAUGACGAUAGACGGAAACCCUACAGAAUUUAUGGCAGAGGAUGCUAGUGAGGCGGAAGAUGAGGUCGAGAAAAGUCGAGAAGGGAAUUCAAUCGAGCUACACGACCUCAUCGCCGACAUCGACUCGCUUCUCGAGGCAUCCCCAGUCCAUAAGCCUACCAUUGCUGCGAAGAAAGACGCCAGGAUGAUCUCUACUCUCUUUAGUCAUCAACAGGAGGCGGUCAACUUCAUGAUUGGUAGAGAAUCAUUGGAAUUUGAACUAGGAGAGGGACUGUGGGAAAGGAAGACUCUAUUGAGCUCCGAAGUCUAUUACCAACACACCAUCACAGGUGCCAAGAGUGAAUCCGCGGAAGGGUUUAUGGGAGGCAUUCUCGCUGACGAUAUGGGUCUUGGCAAGACUCUGACCACGCUCACGUUGAUCGCCAGAUCGAUUGAUCACGACAGAGAAUUUAGUUCUCAAAGCUCGCGUCAAGUUCGUCCAGUUGCAGCAUCAAAAGCAACUGUUGUCAUUGUCCCAUCAGAGUUGCUAUUGAAUACCUGGGUGCGCGAAAUCGGGAGACACUUCUACCCUGGGUCCAUCCGAUAUCUCAAAUACCACGGCCAAGGGAGACGAGAUUCCGAUAGCCGGCUGAAUCAGCAAGACAUCAUACUUACCACGUACGGCACGGUGAUGGCCGAACGCCGUCGCGGCAACAGUCCCCUCCACCAAAUCGAAUGGUAUCGACUUGUCUUGGACGAAGCACAUACCAUUCGAAACUGGUCCAGCAAGCAGUUCACUGCCGUGCACAGUAUUUCUUCCCAGAGGCGCUGGUGCCUCACCGGCACCCCGAUUCAAAACUCGCUUGACGAUCUCGGGUCACUCCUCAAGUUCCUGAACAUGCCACUCUUCAAUGAGCCAGCGAUCUUCAGGAAAUACGUAACCAAGAUCCGAUGCCACGAAGGUUCGACGAAAGCAGAUUUCCAAAAUCUUCGACUCAUCCUGUCUGCAAUAUGCCUUCGCCGAAACAAGGCAAUUCUGCCGGGCCAAGAACAUGAAACGGAGGAUCGCCGCCCUAGCUUCACCCCUGAGGAACGAAACCAAUAUCGCAGUAUAGAGCUUGCGUGUAAACGGGCUCUUGGGGUGGGCAGCAAGGGCUACGGUAACGAGAAAACUCACCACAAGGUGAUGGAAGCAUUGCUCCGUCUAAGAAUGUUCUGCAACAACGGUCUGGACGACUGCAGCCGAUCUAAGCCCAUGAUGCUGGGUUCUUCCUCGCGCCCUGAUGAAAUACUUAGCUUCCUUCAACAAAGUGGCGAAGCCAUCUGCGCACAUUGUUCAGUUGACGUACUCUCUGUCGGAAGCCCAUCUGAUCCAGAUACGGGAUCCCUAACUCCUUGUUGGCGUGUUCUUUGUGGCGAGUGCACGCAACAACCCCGAAGUGAGCCAGGAAACGAAAAUUCUUACAUUUGUUCUUUUUGCCGUCAGAAACACAGCAUAGGAAAUGGCCCCGAGGAUGGCGGGCUUGCUAGGCCGUCUGUUGAGAGACAGUAUCCAUCCAAAGUCCGGGAGCUCGUUGAGGAUGUCCAGGCUCACUAUUUGAAAGAUAAAUGUGUCAUCUUUUCCUUCUGGAAGACCACACUGGACGUUGUCGGCGAUGCUUUAGAGGCACGCGGUGUCAAAUAUCUUCGAGUAGAUGGAAACGUGUUGGCAAAGAAACGGAACACCAUCCUCCUCGAUUUUCAAAACAGGAGCGCCUGGAGAGUGCUCAUCAUGACGUUCUCCACCGGGGCUGUCGGUUUGAAUGGUCUAACAGUUGCAAAUCGAGUUCACAUUCUUGAGCCUCAAUGGAACCCUGCAGUAGAGAGCCAGGCCAUUGGCCGAUUCCUUCGAAUUGGUCAACAGAAGAAGGUGACCGUCGUGCGGUAUGCAAUGUUGAGGUCAAUUGAAGAGGUUGUGCAAAGUAAACAAUUACGAAAGCUACAGUUGGCUGGUGGCGGAUUUACUCGCCACGAGGAUCGGCGAGGGCAAAGAAUAAGCCAGUUACAGCAGCUCCAAGAAUACUUUGACACAAGAAGUCAGCCAUAG